AGAUCUUUCAAGAGUAUAGAUUCCUUCUUAAUAACAAAUAACUUUGUUUAUCAUAAAAGUAUCUGUAUGCUUUAUUGAUAACGAUUUCGAAGAUCUCAAAGCUAAGAGUUUACGUUUUCUCCAAACUUUCAACCGAUGAAAUGUUUCUCAGAUAAGACCCAAUGUAGCAAAUGUAUUGAAAUUUAAUGUUUGAACCAAUAACACCAAUUAAAUCAACAAAUGGAAGAAAAUGAAUUAGAAGAUUUAACUACUGACGGGACACAGGGGUUUGGUAGGUUGCACCAUCUGUUGGAUAAUAUAGUCACUGAACCUAUUGCUGGUAUUAGCGACGAAUGUUCUGGUCAAUAUAUUUCUGCUGGUAUUGAAAACUCGAGUAAUGUUCACAUCGGCCACAGCCUGACAUACAAUAUUGUUUUACCCAAGAAGGAUGAAGCCAGUUCCAUACAAGAAAGUGUACCUCAAAUUUCAAAAUCUGAUGCUCAAACCGAUGGCCCCACAUCUAUCGGAGAAAUUAUUUCUGAUUUUUUAAGGGAACGCUAUCGCACACAUCUAGCCUGGACAACUCCGCUUCCCUGGUGUCAAGAAUUUCGUCUACCUCUAGAAGAAUACUACACAACGCUAAGUCUAAUCCCAGUGUCACCUCAAGGAGAAAAACAAUUUCAGACUCCAAUCACAUUAGAAUCAUUGUUCAUUGGAAAGGGAUCUGAUGAGCGUGUACCAGAAAGAGUGACUCGUAUAAUAGCCGAAGCAGAUGCUGGAUUUGGAAAAACAACUUUUACACAGAAACUAGCAUAUGACUGGGCUACCAGAAAAUGCCGAUAUAUGGAAGGAUUUGAUAUAGUCUUUCUUAUCCCUUUGAAAAAUGUCUUUGGUUCAUUUAGAGAAUAUGUUUUACAGGAAUUGUUACCAAAAGACAUCUUACAAGAUGAUCUUUAUGGGAAUACUGUCUGGAAACAUCUUGUGGCACAACAGAAAAAACUUCUUUUCAUUCUUGAUGGUUAUGAUGAACUGGCUCAAUCUAAGGUAGCACUUUUGCGAGAUUUUUUACAGGGAAGAGAACUUCCAUGGAGUAAUGUUUUAAUAACCACGAGACCAAAAAAAGCAGAAGAACUUUUCCCAUAUUUUGAACGUAGAAUAGUGAUUGUAGGUUUUAGUGAGAACCAAGUUCGCCCUUUUGUUCAGCGAUAUUUUCAUAUUGUUAACCGACCUUUUUAUGAUGAUGUUCUACUUCGUCUUAUAUUUUCACAGGUUAGUCCCAAACUGAGAACAUUAAGUUCAUGUCCUCUUCUCCUCCUCCUUCUUUGUGUACUUUUUGAAGAAUCAGGAGACUUAAUACCAACCACCUGUACUGUGUUAUAUAAGUCAUUGUUUCAAAUUUUAGUUCAACGCUAUUUAAUUCGCCAUCAACUUUCAGAUACAGAAAAUAAUCAAGUUAUGUUGGAAGAUACAUUAAAGAAGUUUGGUCAUGUGUGCUUGAAUGCAUUGAAGGAGGACAGGCUUCAUUUCUCACAAUCUGAAAUUAAAAAGCAUUGUUUAGAAGAACAUAUCUUUCACAUUGGUAUCCUCGUAAAAUAUAACAUUGGCAAAAAGGCCUGUAGAGAAGAAUAUUUUCAAGCCAUUCACAAAACAAUAUUAGAAUAUCUUGCAGCAUUAUAUCUCUGUUCAAUUGCUGAAACGUCACGUAGACAUUGCCUUAAAGAAUAUGCCACAUUAUUUAAUGAUUCUGAUGUAUUCUCAAUGCAAGAAGUGACUCUUUUUCUCACAGGACUUUUGAAAAAUAAUGCUCACUUUGUUAUAGAAGCAAUACCCAUGAGUCUAAAAUCAAACCUUCACUUUCUGUUGGAUGUGUUAAGUGAGUGUGGAACUAGCUCGAACAAUGUUCAAGUUGUUGCAAGAUCUACUGGUGUACAGCUUAUUGCUAACUCCAGUGAUUCACGUUUAGUCGAACUUACAGCUGUUUUACAACAUGAAUCAUGUUUUGUUAGAGAAGUACAGUUUAGAUGGACACCAAUUAGUUCAACCAAUGACUUUUUGUUACGACAACAACUGUUUGAGGAUUUGAAUAAAAACACCACGAUUUCACAACUAUCGAUCUCUACACUGUUGGGCCACCUUUUUACAAAAGAUGAAGUUAUGGCAUUAGCUAAAAUAAUCAGGAUUUCUUUAAGUAAUGGUAAUUUAGAGAGAUUUACACUGUGCAUUCCUCUUUUCGGAGAGAAUGUUGAAGAUGGAAAAUUUCAACCACUAGUUACUGCAGUGUGUUGUGGACUGAUGUCAAAUACUUCUCUACAUACUUUUCAUUUUGAUAUGGAAAUGACAAGUAAUCAAAUAUGUGAACUGUGUUAUGCAAUUGAAAAAUCUCCAUCGUUGUUUACGUUAAACCUUCCACACCUUUGUUGUACGACCAAAGGAUUUGAAGCUCUCGGAAAUGUUUUGAGGAAUGGAAUCUUGAAAAAACUCAACCUGGAUGGUACGUGGCCAAAUGCCAGGUCUGAUAACUCUGAAUGGCUUGAAAAAAGCAGUUUUUCUGGUUUUAUAUCUUAUUCCUGCAGGCCUGAAGAAAAUCCAACUGAUUUUAAUACUGCCUUUCCUUCUUGUGAAAAAGAGAAACAUCAAGAAUUUGGUUUUCAUCAUAUUUUUCAAGCCUUGAAAGAUGUUAGUUGUCAGCUUCAGAAGCUUGAUUUAGGUGCUUGUGAACUUCAGAUGAUAGACAGUUUAUGCUUAGGUGAAGCCAUUGGGUAUUCUUCAACCCUUGUGUCACUGAAUUUGGAAUAUGCUACUCGGGUUGGAAGUGUAAUACCUGUAUUUCUUGCCUUAGGAACUACAAAAUCCUUGCAAAAAUUAAAUUUAUCUGGUGGACUUUCUGUAAGUGAUGCACAUCUGCACGUCAUUUUUCAGUCCAUAAAAGAUAAUGUUUCUCUUCGUUCUCUGAACCUCAAAGGCUGGAAAUUUGAGGUUUCGUCAGAAGAAACAUUGAAAAUGUUCAUAGAUGUUGUAAGAAUUUCAAAGCUAGAAAGGAUAAGUUUGGAGGGAUGUUUCAUAUCAUAUGACGUUAAAGAUUUCAGUUGGUUUGAGCUUAGCGCUUUUAGAAAAUCAAGUUUGAAGCAUCUUUUGAUCGCAAGAAUGAAAGUGAAAAUAAAAUCCAACUCAAGAGUUUUAAACUGUGCAGAUUUUUUCGCCGUAUUAAAGGCCUUUCCUUCUCUUUUGGAGUUAAACAUGUCAAGCACAAGUCAUGAAAAUUCUGUUUUGUUGGCUACUUUAGAUGAUGCACAAAGUAAAGAAUUUUUCCAGUUUUUAGGCAUGAUGAAAACUUUAAAACUCGUUAAAAUAUGUCACUGGAGAUUUUUGUGGUCAACACCAGAAGACACCUUAAAGUAUGUGAAAAAAUGUAUGAUGUCCAGUUCACUGGAAGAAAUAAAUAUAAGUAAAUGCCACGUUGAAAACUACCAUAAUGGAAAUGAAAUGGAACAUGAAUUCAUUAUAAGUCUCUUAGAAAGUGUAAAACAAAUCAAAUACCUACAACUUAAUAGUUGUAAACUUACCAUAAACCAGAUGUCUUGUGUAGCUCGCCAUAUCCAAUCCAAAAUGAAAAAAAAAGAGUUGAGCAUACAGGUUUUAGGCGUUCCUGAUAUUUCCGUCCAUACUCUUGUUAAUACACUGAAUAACUGUGGUCAUUUUGAUAUUGACCUUACCGUGGGACAUGUUAUUAUUAAACCCAAAUCAAAACCAAAGUACAAUCUUUUCAAACAAUUCUUUGGAACAUAAAGAUCGUUUUGAGAAAAAUCAGUCCAAAUAACUUCUAUCUACAGUUUGAAGUGGGCGAUGUUGUAUUGCUGCAUAUAGAAAACAAACCCAGGGAAAAAAAAUACAUCUCUUCCACUUUGAUUGAAAACUAUAGUUUGCCCUUCCACUUUUAUUUACUAAGUGUAGCUUCUUUGAUGCCACCACUAAGCUUUCAUUGAGAAUGAGAUCUCCCAAAAUGUGUAUGUACGAACGUUAUGUAAAAACUAUGUAAAUUAUUGAGAAGAUACAAUUUAGUGAAUUUACUAAGUUUAAUAUUGUUAAAGGUUCCUACAAAGGAAAAUAUUUGUCACUCAAAAAUAUAAAUGUGAUUAUAAUUAAUCGAUUUCUAGGUAAUAUAAAAAUAGGUGUUUAGCGCGAUAAUAAAACGUUUAUGAAUAAUGA